AGAGGGCAAAGUCCAGCAUCGGCCUCACGUGUGUCUGUCCGAAACCUGUCUGGAAAAAGUAGGAUCACAGGUCUUGCAAAAGACAAUUCAGUCUAAAUGUUAAAUUAUCCACCAGUAUAGGCUUUACUGUAGGAUUCCACUUGGUAAAUUAGGUUUUUUUUAUUUGGCCCAAUCUGCAUGUGUGUGUCUGUGUGUGUUAGAGGAUGAGUGUGUACUUGCUGGUCCUAUGUCUGGCUUUGCUGCAGCAGGAGGGAAGAGCCGGGCCCGACCGUCCAGGCUGCAGCAGCCCUGAGGCGGUGAGGGUGGCAGAAGAGGCCCUGGAGCAGAUCAACCAGGACCGGACGGAUGGAUACAUCCUGAGCCUCAACAGACUGUACGACCUCUCCCACACUCCUGAAAAGGAGAAAGGGGGGUCACUCUACAAACUGACCAUUGAUGUGAUGGAGACCAGAUGCCACAUCGCUAGCAGGAAACCAUGGAAACAGUGUGAAGUCAGAGAUAUUGGGGACGUUCCAGUGUAUGGAGAGUGUGAGGUAUCUGCUUUCCUUGGCUCUCAAGUCAGACUUCAAAGCUACUCCUGUGCACUUCGUCAAGUUCCUGCCACUGCGGUGGUGGAUGUGUGUCCGGACUGUCCCACAGCUGACAACCUCAACGAGCCGGUCGUCAAGGAGACAGCCAAUCUCUCCCUGCAGAGGUUUAAUGAAGAGAGCCAACUGGCCAACUACUUUAUUCUGGAGAACAUUACCAGAGCCAGUUCACAGUGGGUUGCAGGUCCAUCCUACUUUGUAGAGUUCACUAUUUUGGAGACGGUGUGUUCAAAGAAAACAGAUGUCAGUGAACUGAGUAACUGCCCCCCUAUGGACUGUCAGUUUGCUCAUAGAGGCUUCUGUGUGGGCUCACACAUGACCGACGAGGAGCAGUUUGAAAUCAGACUCCCUGUCGGAAAAAAGCCCAGCUCAUUUCAGAAACCGAAUCCUGUAGAUGUGAAGUGUGAGAUCUACGAACCUCAGGCUGCCACUGUGGAGGAGCAGGUCCAUGCAAAAGCAGGCAGUGGGCACACUGGCCAUCAGCAUCACAACCACACACACCUGCACCCCCACGAGCACAUGCACUCAGUCACACCCAGCUCAGACCCCAGUGUCUCCGAGCCCCGGGGCUCCCUCGGGACUGUGGUGGAUCAGCCCGCCCCUGUCCGGUCAGCCCCAGCAGCCAGCUCCUGCCCCGGCCCGCACAGACACAAUCUGGGCUUAGUCAGACUCAAGCUCUGAUUGGCUGGAACCAGGACGGCUGAUCUUUGAUUAGUUACUUAAGUUACUUUUUUCCCUGCAUGUUGUACUUGGUUGAGAAAGACAAGAAUUUGUAACCUUGGACAAUAAAUGAUCCUUGUAAAUAAUUAUCAGAUUACGCUGAUUUUUUAAUUAAAGCAUUGACAUAGAGGGAACUUUUUCUGUCUUAAAUUACAACUUGGUUAUUUAAUUUAGGAUAAUUAGGAGAGCUGGACAGAAGAUGCUCAGUGAUUAAAUAAUAAAUGUGCUUAGAAGUCAUAU